AUGAGCCGACUUCCCCCAAGCAUGUGGUGUGAUCGUCCGAUUGGUUAUAACUCAUCUUAUCCAUUAAGAUGUUGGGUGCUUCUGUCUGAUUGGUCAGCUCUUGAUCCAAUCCGUUUCUCAUCUUCCUACACUUGCUUCUCAUCCACUCCUGAAGCUUCUCUCUCUCUCAGUGCUGGGUGUCUCUCCAUGAUAGAAUUAGGUAUUCUUGGAGUUUAUCCACGCCCUCUCUCCUCUUUAGCAGCUGGUGUCGUUGUCCAAUUGGCUUAG